UAUGAUAAGAUGCUGCACUGUUGUUGUUGUUUUUUCCCAGGUCACAAUUCACAAACGCAACAAGGUUGUGUAGCCUAGCUUGUCGAAUCAAAGAUAGUAGUAGCUGUGAUGAUCAGCAUCCUGUACCAUUUUGAGCUGCCACUCUCUUGAUCUGACAGGCUCAACUGCACUGCUGCCCUGCUUUUCUUCUUCUCCCUCUCCAAUUUCUAGCAAGAUUGCUUGCUCCCUUGAACCACCCAAUAACUUCUAUUGCUCAAGAAUGGUGGAGCAGAUGGUCAACCCUGGCUUGACUGACUUCGAGUUCUUCAAGAUCAUCCUGCCCGGAUCCUCCAGAACGAAACUGAAGCUGCCUGACAAGUUCGCGAGGGAGCUGGCGGGCCGAGAGCUCCGGGACGCGAAGCUGCGGGUCGCCGGCGCGGGGCGGCGCUUGUGGGACGUGGAGGUGGUCGCCGACGACGCCGACGGCGAGGUGUACCUCGGCCGCGGCUGGCAGCAGUUCGCCUGCGCGCACGACCUGCGGGGCGGGCACUUCCUCGUCUUCCGCUACGACGGCGCCGCCGUGUUCACCGUCACGGUCUUCGACGGGACCAUGUGCCGCAGGGAGUACCGCCGCCAGCGAGACGACGACGACGCCGGCAGCGGAAGCAGCAGCGGCGACGGCGAUUCGGCGGCGGGGGCCGGGGCCGCCGGCGACGACGCAGCGUCGUCCCAGUUCGCCGUGACGCUGCGGCAGUGCAACCUCGGCAAGAAGCAGGCCCAGUACCUGAACGUGCCGGUGGAGUUCCAGGACGCGCACGGGUACGUGAAGCGGCGGAGGGUGGCGCUGCGGAUGCGCGGGGAGACGUGGUACGUGAACCUGAAGCACAGCCGGCGGGCGCAGGCGCGCGGCCAGCGCACGGCUCUCCGGUACGGGUGGCACCAGUUCUGCGUGGACAACGGCCUCGCCGUCGGCGACACCUGCUUCUUCCGGGUCGUCCGCGAGGGCGACCUCCGCCGCGGCGGCGAGGACCACGUGCUCAAGGUCGCCGUCCGCAAGGCCGACGGCACCCCACUCGAGUGAUUGAUCAAAUCACCUGCUUCCUCCACGCUGCACUCUUAGUUACACUCUUAAUUAGUGGUUAAUAUUAGCGGCGCCUCGUUGUAUAUGUUUUUAGAUGUUGCAAUUAGCACUAGUGCGUCGUGUUGAGCAAUUAUACCUUGACCAUUUUUUUUAUAUAAAAUUUAGUGUCGGUUGAUAUCUUAGAUACUAGAAUGUACUAAAUUUUACAUAAAAAAUAAUAAUAACUCAUAAUACCUUCUUUAAGUA